CAACGCCUGAUCUUUCCUUCCUCAAGCAAACCUCUCAAGAUAUCUCACAUUCAAGUAAUCUCACAUUGUGGCAUGGCGCAUUCACAAUUACCCAUCGAGGCUUUCCCAGCCUGGGCUGCCGUGAACAGUGUGGAAUUUGCAAACGCAGAGAUACGAAACAUCGAGGGCAAAGGGCUUGGCCUUGUUGCCAAGCAUGAUAUCACGGAUGCGGACCAUGAUGCUCCCAGCUCACAAGCAAUCAUUCGAAUACCUCAGGAUCUUGUUUUAUCUUCAGAGACAGUAGAAGUAUAUGCCAAGAUUGAUCGGAAUUUCAAGCAGCUAUUCGAGGUUGCUGGACACCAAAGCACCAGGAUUGAUAUCAUGCUGUAUCUGUUGACUCAUAUUAUUCAAUUGAAAGAAGCUUCUUCAGUUACUAGAUUAUUUACUUCAACGCCGUGGACCGAGUAUAUCAAGUUCUUGCCUCAAUACAUCCCUGUUCCUACGAUGUGGACGAAUGAGGAGAGACAACUACUCAAAGGCACAUCUCUAGAGGCAGCAUUGAGUGCCAAGCUAUCGGCACUCUCACGCGAAUAUGAUGAGAUCAGCGAACAAGUAUCAGAUAUACCCUUCUGGAGAGAUCUUUUCUGGGACACUGCAAAGGUGGAGGAUUGGAUCCUAGCCGAUGCCUGGUAUCGCUCACGAUGCCUGGAGCUUCCUCGAGCUGGUCAUGCCAUGGUUCCUGGACUGGAUAUGGCGAACCACACACAGGCCCAUUCUGCAUACUACGAUGAAAGUCCUGACGGCGAUGUGGUACUGCUUCCGAGUUCAGGGUCGGGGAUAUUAUCAGGUGGAGAGAUUACCAUCUCAUAUGGACAGGCAAAGUCGCCAGCCGAGAUGCUGUUUAGCUACGGCUUCAUCGACAAAGAAUCCUCUGUCAAAGAGCUAACACUACACAUCGCUCCGCUACCCGACGACCCUCUAGGAGGAGCUAAACUCCGCGUUAACAAUGGACCCCCCACUGUUCGGCUAUCUUUGACAGAGCAAGGUGUCCAGUGGAACAGCCCUUUUCUGUAUUUGCUAGUUCUCAAUGAGGAAGAUGGUCUUGCUUUCCGCAUAGCGCAAGACACGUCAGGGGAACGCCAAUUGGUACUAUUUUGGCAAGACGAAGAAGUUACGGACCGGACUGAUGAGCUUGAGACGCUUGUGCAAAGUCACGACCUAUACCAAGUGUUUAAGCUUCGAGCUGUAGCCGUGCUGGAGGAGCGGGUUGCGAUGCAGCUGGACAGAAUCUCCUCCGGACUCUCGUACGGGGUAACGGAGCAACCACAAGCAGCAAAUCAGCCGCGUGCGGAGUGCAUGCUAGCGGCUGAGACUUUGAGAGAUCUUGAAACCCAGGUCCUGCAAGGUGUGGCGGAGGCGCUAGAAAACGAGAAGGCAAGGCUGCUUCUGGACGCACGCGUAGUGACAUAUCUCGGGUCUAUGGAAGAUGCCCAAAACGAGCAAGCGUCUGGGCCGGCAGCCAAUGAAGAGGACGAUUUCAGCUAAGCGGCCGAAAUAGCCUGGCGGCGUGGGAUGAACAGCCGGGGAAGCGCUGAUAUAAACUCUAGCGUGGGGAUCGACGAUUGAUCAUUGUAGAUGUUUGCGCCGGCUUGACCCGACAGGGAGGCAGUGAGAAGGAGGGCGACUAUUGUUUGUGGCCUUUUGACGCUUUGUAGUCGAGUCUUGUAUCGUGAUUCCGCUCGACAAACUAGCACUGAGCUAUUGACUGAAACGGAACUAAAAUGCGGGUUGAACAUGCGAUCAAUGCAGUAUAAGUGAAUGCUCAAGCGGCCUGUAGAUUUAUUAAACAGAUCUCGGUGAUGAACAUGUUGAAUAGAACUG